AGAAACUAUAUACUUAUUAAAGAAAAGGUUAAUAUGAAGCCACUGUGUUCAAUUUGUAGUGUUUUUCUUUGAAUUUGUGAAGAAAUUUUUCUACGAAAUUAAACGACCCUAUCCAAACAGGUCAGUUACAAAUCUAUGAUUAACUUGGUUCAUGUUAUGUAAUUUCGAAACAUACACAGUAGCCAUAAUGUUGGGACUAGGGAAGUACUUCUACUAUGCGAAACCGGAUGGAGAAGAUCUAAUGGGAAAAAUUCUGACUUCUGUAAGAAUGACUUCCAUGUUUGGAAUAGUAGUAGGUGCACAUGAUGCAAUAUUAAGACAUAUGUCAAAGUCACCCUUACACAAAAUUGUGAUUGGAUUUCGCCCCGUAGCAUAUCUAAGUGGCAUAGGUUUUGUAUUUGCUAAUGUUACAUAUAUGUCCACACGUAUGAGGGGAAAAGAUGAUGCACUUAAUCAUGGUAUAGGUGCACUUGCCACUGCUCCACUUGUUAAAGCAUGGCUUAGAAUACCUGCUGUUGAAGUUGCUGAAAUUAUGAUUUUUGGAACUAUUAUUAUGAUAAUAAAUAAGGCUCGUAGAAAACAGGAGUAUGGAAUAGAGGAACCACUGAAAUUCUUCUUUGAAGGAAAGCGUAACAAAUUCCCGAAUUGGGAUUAUUGGGAAUACUGGACUGGUGAAGAAACACCGGCAGAAGACUACACUAACUGAAUUAAAUGUUAACAGAAACAUUCUUGUAGAAUAUAUUAUUGUAAAAAUAUAUCAUUAUUUCUUUUCUGUCAUAUA